AUGGAAUAUUGCAGAGAAAACGGGAUUGAUGUGAAGACUCAAUCGCCGAAGAGCCCAGAUCUCAAUCCAAUUGAGAUGAUCUGGGCCAAUUUGAAGAGGAAAGUGGAGAAAAGAAGGCCUGACAGCAAAGCCAGACUAAUUGCUGCCAUUCAGGAGUCAUGGGACGAAAUUUCUUUUGAGGAAGUGCAAAAUUCCAUUCUUAAGGUGAAAAAUGAAAGCAAGCAGGUCAUUGAAGCGCAAGGAGAAUGGAGUUAA